AUGAGGUUGUAAGUAACAAGAACAUUUCCCAGGAUAUAGACAUAUCUGAUAUGGGCAGAAAGCUUAAAUUCUUGGUAAUUAUUGCACUGUCCAAUUUACAGUAGCUAUUUGAUUUGAUUUAUUACAGUGAAAGAAUACCAUGCUAUUGUUUGAGGAGAGUGCACAGUUAUGAACUUGAAAACCAGUUAGGCACAUUUGGGCAGUCUUGAUGCAACAUGUUGAACAGAUAUACAAUGGUUCAUUGGAUGAGUCUUAAACUUUGCACAUACACUGUUGCCUUCUAGUGGCCAAAAUCUAAAGUAUGGCCUUUCUCUUGCAUUUCAAAGAUGAUGGUAAAAAAAACUGGAGAAAACAGUUUUUUUCUUUGUUAUUAUCUUUUACCAGAUGUAAUGUGUUAUAUUCUCCUAAAUUCAUUUCACAUUUCCACAAACUUCAAAAGUGUUUAUUUUCCAAUGGUAUCAAGAAUAUGCAUAUCCUUGCUUCAGGUUCUGAGCUACAGGCAGUUAUAUUUGGGUGUCAUUUUAGUCGAAAAUUGGAGAGCGUGAAAGGGUCCGAUCCUUGUUUCUAACAAAGCUUAAAAUAAAUACUCUAGCUAGCUGUCUCUGCUCGUGUUGAUGAGGGGACUGUAAACUGUCUGUGCACAUGCGUACUAUGGCCAUCGCAUUUGGCCCAAUCAGAGAAGUUCUCAAAUCCAGGAAGUGAAACAAAACACGUCUUCUUGUGGCUGCUGCAGUUUUGGUAAAGUUGAUUAUCAUGUGGCUCUCUGCAGUGAAACAGUUCGUGGAAGUAAUUAUUGAUUAAGCGAGGAUCUUAGUCUAUGCAAUGGAGGGCAGUGAGAGUGGAGAUGAGGAAACCAUGGAAACAUUGGUGGCAGCUGAGACUCUCCUCAACAUGGACUCCCCCGAAUCCCUCUCUCUGGACCAACAGCACUACACCCAGCUGUACGUUCCCUCCCUGGGUGAUGUCAUCACAUCGCCCGUUACCCACCAGUUGAUGGUGUCAGUAGAGGACAUUGUGGGAGCUCUGGGCCAGCCGCAGUGGGUCACGCUGCAGAGGGAGACUGUUGCCGAGCAACCGAAGAAGAGAGGUAAGAAAUCCAAAAGGCCUGAAUCUCCCACACCGGACAUCACAUUCAAGAGGGGAAAAUACAGCAAAGGGAACACCCUGUAUCUGUGGCAGUUCCUGAUUGAGCUUCUUCAAGACCGACAGGCCUGCCCCCGCUACAUCAAAUGGACCAAUCGGCAUGCAGGGAUCUUUAAGCUGGUCAACUCUAAGGCUGUGGCCCGACUCUGGGGCAAACACAAGAACAAACCAGACAUGAACUAUGAGACCAUGGGCCGAGCUCUCAGGUACUACUACCAGCGUGGGAUCCUGAACAAGGUGGAGGGCCAGAGGCUGGUGUACCAGUUUGCUUCCCUGCCCAAGGACAUGGUCUUCAUCAGUGGUGAUGAAGACCAGGAGGACCAAGGCAAUCAUGAGGACGAUGGAGACGUUCCAGAUGACCCAGAGGAAAGUCCGCCCUCCAGCGACCAAUCCCUGGACGAUUUAGCGUCCUACGAGCAUUCUUUCCCUCCUCUUCCCCCCUCCUCUAGACCAGGUUCCCAAAGGUCCAGACAGAGCAGCUGUAGUCCGGCAACAGCCCAGUGGCACCAACCCGGCCCAGAAUCCGAGUCCCGAUCCCCAGCCCAGCGCAGAACAGUUCUUCGACCACUGGGAGGCAGUCUGAUCCAGCAGCAGCACCUGCCUAUAGUCUCAGCUGAGAUGCUGCGCACCCUGCAGAACGUUCAGUCUCUGCAGACCGGUCAGCACGGGUCGGUCUUCAGAACCGCUCAGCUGCUGGGGAGUAUGUGUGAGAGACAGGCUGCUACUGCAGAACAGACCACCAUAGAUCAGUCAGAUAGUGACUCUGCAGUUACAGCCCGUGACCUGCCCUGUCAAGCAGGGGAAGCUGGAGGUUAAGACAGAGGAGGACCCCGACUCAGGAUUGACCAGGGAGUAGGAUGCCCCGAGACAUCUGAUCAGUGUCGGUCGCUGUCAUCUCCUCAUAGUCAAGACAACUAUAGGGGACAGUGAUCGAAAAGGGAGACCUCUGAGAACGAUGAUGGACAGAUGUGAUGUAAAUUUGAUAUAUUUUACAGAUGUGACAGAUCUGUAUAGUCUUUGUCUCUUACAUUCCCUUAUGCACCAGAGCCAUUUUUCACAGAGAGUUAACCAAACUGUCUUCCAUGUUGGCGCCAAGCACUCCAUGACGAUCACAUUCUAAUAGGCAUUCUAAGUAGAGUGUCAUUGUCUUUCAACUCUUGGUACCAACAUGGUAGCCAUUCGAAUUCUCCACCAAAGACGAUAGACGAGCACUGGAAUCGACAGCCACUCCCGCGCUUCUCUCUCUGUUUGCACUUCAGCUUCACUGUAUGCACGGGAGCUUGCACACUGCUUUUUCCCCCUCUCUAUUUUCUUUCCUCUGCCAUGAUCAAAGCUUUGCGCGAAUGUUAGCUCUUCACGAGCCAUUUAUUUGUCCCUGCUCUUACUCUCACCUACCAAAGUGCCUAAAAUCCUCAAUUCUGUUCCAGCUUUCACGAAAGACGGCCUUGGUCUGUAGCCCGCGAGCUACUGCAUAUUGCGCCUAAAACAUUGUUUUAUGUCUGUGACACUUGAUAAUCUUCAACACACACUUCACACUGUCACUCACAACAGUAGAAGACACACCAUCGGUGCUUGUGGUAAACGUGUCGUAGCUGAUCUGUUCUUGGGGAGGGUACAUUCCAUAGAGAUUGUUGUGACGGUUAACUUUCCAGUAACGACUACAGGCUUUACGUUCACGUUUUCCGGAAAUAAUACAAAUCUAAAUCAAAAAGCAUUUUCUGUGUAAUUUUUUCAGCAGUACUGUUGGCUUUGAGAUGAAGACGUAUUAAUGUUGACAGGGUGCCUGAACUUCUCUCCGGGUUUUUUUUUGGAGAGCGUGAAAGUACUUCUGCCGGAGUCGGUAAUGUUCUAUCAACACUGAUCUAAAGUCAGUUUUGUGGUGUUCUCUGGUUAUUAUUUGGAGAUGGUAAACUGAUCCUAGAUUUGCCCCUAUGGGCAACUUCUACCCAGUGCCCUUCUGAUACACAGUCCUGUUAGCGUUCCAGAUCUGAAUUCAUGAUAUGCUGUAGUAGCGAUGACUGUGCCUUCUUGGACCGUAUAUGCCUUGGUUUUUUGUUUGUGUGUGUAUAUUUGAUGUUUUCCUGUCAGUUGUCUCAGGUUUGUAUGCGUUUUUAUUUCUGCACACAGUAUACAUGGUCCUAGUUCCCAAGUGUUCUAACUGGUCUGUAAAGAGGUAAGAUGAUGUUGCCCUUUUGGCCUAGACUGAUCUAUGGUUAGUUUUGCUGUUCCUACGAGGAUCCUCUAUCUAAUGCCUUGCAAAGCCGUAAGACCUUGGCUCCUUAUAAAAAGCUGUUUUUUUUUCUUAUGCAAUCUUUUCCUUUGAUAAUAUUGCCUUGUGCUACUCUGCUUUAGCUGGAAGGCUUUGAUAUAUUUGUUAUAUUGUGUGAAGAAUCUUGGUUAAAAUGUCAUUGUGGAAAUGCUGUACCAGGCUUUUAUACUAUCAAUCAAUUUAUUGAUGUUCAUUCUGAUGUUUUCAUGCAAUUUAUUAUACAGAAGUAGUAGAUAAAAAAAGGAAUUAUUGUUUUCAUGAAAUAAAAGUUAUAAUUUGAAAUGAA